CAUAGUUUCCGGCUCUGCAUAGUUUCUCUGGGUUCUCUGUAGUGGCUUCGAGCCAGUCGAGCGUCGAGGAGGCGCUUUCGAAUUUUUACCGGACUCGCCGGUUGGGAACUGGGAGUGGAAAGUACUUAACGUUGGUUCGCGCCGAGUUCUUUUCGAACUGAUCCUUUUUGCAAAUAUUUCGUUUUUCACGUUGUUGUAGUGCUAAAAGUAGAAAGCUUCAGUGACUUGACUGGCCUUCAGCAUGGAUGAGAUCACCGAAUAUGCAUUGAAACUUUCGGAACGUGCUCGAGCCCGUGUCGUCAACCCUGAAAUGUUCAAGGUGAAGCGGCCUUCCCUUGACGACGGCAAGCAGCGGAGUGACGGUCCCGACUGCGGAGACUCCCCGCCCAAGCGUCAGUGCUUGAUUCGGGACAAGGAAAACUUGGGCGUGCAGCUGGCGCCGAAACUCCAGGGUCUGGCGGCGCUGCGCAGGGGAACAGCUGGAGUGCACCACUGGGGGACCUCCUGCCCAAUACCACGAGAGGGUGCAGCUUCUCUUGCCCCAAGGGACAAUGCUGGGGAGGCUGCCCAGUGUCCGCGUCCCAGGGGCUUGGCCGCGCUGCGGCAGAAGGGCGCCCACGGAAAGGCCGAGACCUCGGAGGAGCCGUGCCGGGAAGGGAGCUGGGACCCCCGGGUGCUGGCCAGCCUGGAGGCCCAGGGCUUCACCCGGUCCCCGUCAGCUUCCAUGCUGACCUACGCCUUUGGCCGUCCCAAGCCCUCCUCUGAGCCGGGCCCUCUGGGCUCGGGCUGCCCCCCUUGCGGGGCACGGGACUCUCCCAACUCGGCCCAGUCCGGGACGCUCCAAGAGAGCCACGCAAAUGAAAAGUCGUGCAGCCAACUCGUGGCUGGUUUAAAGUGUCCCUCUGGAACCCUGGAAAGAAAGUCUGUUCCCCAAUUGUCGUCCCUCGGAGGGGCUGGCGAGGACCCACCAAUGUCUCCUCCGGGGCGCCCAAGACCCUCGACGCCUGUCCAGCCCGAGCUGCUCUCUGUGGCCCAGAGGAGGGCUCUCUUCGAGGGACGCGCCAGACUGGCCGCUGCCUCGCAGGCCAGCGCCCGGGGGACGAGCGACGGGCGGGACUCCUGGGCUUGUGGGGACAGCCUCGAAAAGUGCCUCCCAGAGGUCUCGUCGGAAAAGUCGCCACAAGUCUUGGUGGAGGAGACGCCACCGGUGUCGUCGAAGGAGUUGCCAGAGGUCUCACCACAGGUUGUGAUAGAGGAGACACCAAAGUUCUUGUCGGGGGAGUCGCCACAAGUCUUGGUGGAGGAGAUGCCACCAGUCCCGUCGAAGGAGUUGCCGGAGGUCUCACCUCAGGUCGUGGUAGAGGAGACGCCACCGGUCUCGUUGAAGGAGUUGCCGGAGGUCUCGCCGCAGAUCUUGGUGGAGGAGGCGCCACCGGUCCCGUCGAAGGAGUUGCCAGAGGUCUCGCCGCAGGUCAUGGUGGAGGAGACACCACCAGAGGAUUUGCCAGAGGUCUCUCUGGAGGAGUCGUCGGAGGAUUCACCAGAGGUCUCGCCAGAGCUUUGGUUGGAGACGUUGCCAGGUGCAAGCAGGGUGCCCCGGCUAUAUCCAGUGCUGCCGCCUGCGGACUUGCACGAGGGCCCCGUGGGGCUCGAACAUGGGACGAGGUCUCUGGCGACGCCCUCUGGUGGCAGCACGGAGCUCUCCCUGGUGCACACGCAGAGCGUCUACCGACGGAAGCUGGUCUCGGCCCCCGCCCGGCCAGCGGAGCCCGUGGAGGAGUCUCCGCCCAGAGACCAGACCCUGGCUCGGAUACUGGCACUGGGCGAGGAGGCUGCAGUGCAGGAGGGGGUGAUGAGGCAGGCCAGCCGGGCCCUGGCGCUGUGCCGAGCCAUGCCCGAGUUCUCCGGGUCGGCCGAGCAGGUGGAGGGAGAGCGCCUGCUGCUCCUCGCCGCGGAGCGUCAGCAGGCCUGCCUGGCGGAGGCGGAGCGGCUCAAGACGCAAGGGGGCUGUGCGGGGCAAGGGCAGAGCCCCGCGGGCCGGGCCAGCCUCACCUUGAGCUGCCUGGAGCUGCCACUCAGGAAGGACUUCCUGGCCGCCCAGCUGCAGGGGGCCCUGGGCGGAGACGUGCACCACUUCGUGUGCCUGGUCAAGCAGGGGCCCCACGUUCUGGCCAGCCAGAUGCUGUCGACGGCGGGCGGCCAGUCCACGCUCCGCUUCACCAACCACAUGACCCUGCUGGACCUGGCCCCCGACUUCCUGGUGACCGUCCACGUCUGCGCACUGCAAACCAAGAAGGAGACACUGCCUCACGACCGCAAGUACCGGAUUGGCACCAAGGCCAAACUGAAGCUGACCCCCCGGGGGGACAAGACAAGUGGCAAGACUGGGAGCCAGGCGGCCGACUGUGGGCCCCUUCGUCCCAGUUUUGGCCUGGUUGGAGUGGUGCACCUGACGCUGGCCAACUGGAGCCGCUCCACCUUCCACUUGGACAAGGUCCCCGCCCACUCUCCUCUGGAGGGCACCCUGCUGGCACAGCUCAAGCUCAGGCCCCAGCAGCAUCCGCAAGUCCGGGGAUUUCUGACGAUGUUCGAGGACGUUGGCGGCUUAGGUGCUUGGCAUCGUCGCUGGUGCCUGCUGGCAAAGAACCGGCUGUCGUUUUGGCGCUACCCCGAGGAUGAAGGAACCAAGGAGCCCAAGGGCUGGCUGGACCUGUACGAGAGCGGCGACAUGGACAGCCGCCUGGUGUCGCGUGACGUGUGCGCCCGCCCGCACACCCUGGCGCUGGCUGUGGCAGGCGGGCAGCGCCUGCUGUCGGCCGACACACGGGAGGAGGCAAAGCGCUGGUGCGCGGGCCUCAAUGCUGCGCUGCACUGGACGCGCACCUGGGCCUGCUGAGGCUCCAGCACGCUUCCUCAGCUAGAUCACCUCCGGGAGAUAAACGACGCUUUGUGGACUCCACAUGAGCCAAUCUUUGACUUUUCUCGGGCCUUUUCUGUGCUAUUUGUACGGGGUAUCCGAAAACAACAAAAUGUAUGCUGCUUUUUUUAUUUCAAAAAUAAACUAAGCACUGCCGAACA